CCACACUCUCCACGUUCUUCAGCCGUCCCUCCGUUGCGCGCCCAUCGACUACCGAGAGACCGCCUGCCUUGCGGUUUGCUGGUUUCCUGACGACUCUUUGUCCACAAGACGCCUCAACUUGGAGCGGACUUCCAAGACGGAUCCCUCCUAAGUAUCAAACAAAGACCCUUCCCCUCAACCUGCCUAGCGGCCGAUGAUUCACAGCAACGACCGCGCACCGAGUUUACCGCUCAGAAUGAGUUCCGCGGCUUGACAAACUACCAAAGCCGACACUCUCCUCGCCUACCUAACCGGAUACUCUGCUUGCAAUCGAUGAAACGAGUCUCACGCCGACAUCUAGGAGCAACGGACCACCAUUCACUUCACUUGGCACACCGGACGAAGCUCACCAUACAUAUCCGCUCAUGUCGCUCAAGAGAUGAGCGUCUCCAUGUAUGAAGGAUCGGGGGGAUCAGGCCAGAUUUCUGGACCACACACGGGACUGGCUGCUUCUCGGCCUCAAGUUGGCAUCGAGCGGCUUCCGACACGCAGGAUGAGCAACGAGCCUAGAGAGUCAAUGAACUGCAAAUCAUGCAGAAAACGAAAGAUCAAGUGCAAUCGACUGAGGCCCACUUGUGAAGCCUGCCAAGUUUUCCAAUGCCCUUGCAUAUAUGACGCCAUACCGAAGAAAAGGGGACCCAAGACCGACGUGCUCGACGCUCUCCUGAAGCGUGUCGACGGCUUGGAGGCGAAAUUGAGGGAAAAGAACGCCGAACAAGAUCCCAGUUCGACCUCAGGGGACUCUGGCGAAAAGAAGGCAAGGGAGGAGAAUGAAGAAGCUACAAAAGAACCGCCAGCGAAGCGCCAAGCGAGCGAGAACAGAAACUCACCGCAGGAAGGGCAGUUCCUCGGUAGUGGUCAAUGCGCAAAGCCAGAAAGUGACACCAAGUCGCCUUCCCUAGGCCCUGAGAUCUAUCUUGACACAUACUUUUCUCGAUUCCAUGCAAAACCCUACCACAUACUCGACGAAUCCGCAACUAGACAGCGAAUGCAGCUCGGUCAAUUACCAGGGUUUCUGCAGCACGCGAUAUUUGCUGUUGCUUCAAAGUAUACACCGCAUCCUGGUGGAUAUCAGGCCGCUGUCGAUCUGAGCGAAGAGUUUGCUACAUGCGCAAGACGUGCUGUGGAUACGGAAGAUCCGACCCUUGAUGGUCUCCAAACGAUGCUCUUGCUCGUCACAUCCUUCAUCGCUUCGGGCAAAGGCAAGAGAGCUUACAUGCUCCUGACGACGGCAAUCGGUAUGGCAAUGGCACUUGAAAUACACCGGGAAGUAGAUCAUGCGGGUAUUUCCCCACCCGAGAAAGAACUCCGGCGCCGUUUGUUUUGGAGUUGUUACUUGCUGGACCGUUUUGCCGCCUGUGGCUCCAAGCGGCCGUCUUUAAUCAGCGACAAGACUGUCAUGCUUCGAUUGCCAGCCUGGUCACUGGGCCCUGGGACAGGGUUCAUUGAUGGCGAGUUCUUCCAGGCCGGUUCAAACCUGCAGCACUUUCAGGGAACCGGGCGAAAGUCACAGGGAAGUACUGGCAUGCUCAUUGACAUUACGAGGAUCCUGGGUACGACAAAUCGAUACCUAGCGGCGGGCGGCGUGAGGGGAGAUUCCCACUUCCCCUGGCACUCGCUCUCGAACCUGUCAAAGAUUCGCCAGGAUCUAGACACCUGGGCUUCAGGGACCGACGACGUCUUCUCCAGUCUUGAGGCCCUCUUCGGGCAGAGCGACUCUACUGUUUUAGUAUUGAGCAAGCUCAUCUACCACCUAGUGCACUGCCUCAUCUAUCGACCUUUUCUGCCCAUUGACUUGGCCGAGCUCGCUGGAAGCGGCCAGCACGAAUCGUGGCAGAUCGAGGCGACCAACAUGUGCUUUCUGCACGCGAAUGCCAUUGCUGAGCUGAUAGAGCUGGGUAAACAGGCCAACACCAUUGAAUGGCCUGCAUUUGUUGGAUACUGCAUCUGCACGGCAGGCACGGUGCAUAUCCACGGAGCUCAUUACUCGAAACAGGGCGCAGUCACAGAAAUGAGCGUCUUCAGCUCAUCGCCACAUUUUCUCUCCCGAGAACUACAACAUCUAAGUGAAUUGCGAUAUGCGUGGGCAUGUGUGCAGCAUCAUCGCGAGACUCUGCAGGGGAUGUACACCGCCCAUGGUGAACUUGUCAAGACAUUGGCUGGCAACAGGAUGAGAUACACGCCAUCCUUUCACUUGGAGGACUUUUUCGAACGCUAUGCUAAUAUCAUGGGACCCAAUGGUCAGAGCUUCCAAUUUGAUCCUGCCAAUCUGAGCCUCUCAGACGCGGUCAUUGAUUUUACUAUCGAUGCAUACUCGGGAUCCGAUCUCUUCGCCCCCCGAGCUGAAGGAAGCAGGCCCAGCCUGAAGAGAAAGAGCACAGCUUCAUCCUCAAGGAGUCGCCCGGAUCUCAACACAAUGCCCGCAUUGGAAACAGCACCAACUGAUGCUUUGACAAGUCCCACGCAAUCUCGUCAUUCAGUCGCAAACCAAGGAGGCUUUGCGCCCCUUGCAGACGCAUCCGUCGGCCUGCAGAGCUUUUCGCAUCACCACCAGUCUGGGCACCACCAACGAAUGGCAGGCUUUGGCGAGAGUGGGUUGAGCAACAGCAACCGCAUUAGUGCCACUGAUUUUGCCAUCUCGAAUCAGCAAAGUACUGGUGGUCAAGGCAUCUCGAAACAGGCGGGCUUCAACCCAGGCUUCAGCUUUGGUGCGACCCCCACCGCACAAGAAUCCAACAUGAUGGGCGAUUCUGCAAGCUUCGACCCCAUGUUUGGAACUCUUCCAACAAACGCAUUUAGCAGUCCAGCUGCAUGGCACAAUGAAGAUGGCCAGACCAGGGUGGGUCAGCUGGCGACCUCGGGCAAGCCUGCGGCGCCCAGUCCAGAGAACGGGAGCAACAGCGGCAGCAUUGCUACCGGCCAGGGCGAUGAGAAGGAUCCUUUCCUUAGCUUACUGGAACAGCUGGCGGAGAAUGAGCAAAGGAUCAACAACGGUGCCGGGGGCUCCGAAUUGGACUUUUUUCUAGCCGCGGGGAUCAACCCCUGAGUGUAGAGAGGGGGUUUAUAGGAGCCGGAAUAUCUGCUCGCGUAAUGAUUCAAGACCAUGUUCGAAACGGCACACUAUUCUGA